AUCUCCGUGGGUUCCACCUUGGUUUGAUUUGGUUGACACGAUUCUUCCUUACGUGACGUCUUCUUCUUCAAUUUUCGAAACGACGCGUUUCAUUUCUUCUUCUGCAUUUCAUAUGAACCAAGGAAUAAGCUUGAAGCCGUGACUCGUGGAAGCUUCUUCAUCUUUAGUCCGCCGUUCAUAAAUGGCUCUGCAAGUACUCGGCUGUACGAGCCGCCCAAUCCGCGUCUCCCUUCACCGGUGUUCUGUUAUCUCUACCAGUGACAACAUCAGAAGGAAGAAUCUCCGAUUUGUUAGAAACCCGAGAUUGUCGUUUUCUCUUCAAUCUUCAAGUAGAAAUUACCGGUUACCUUCGAUUAAUUGCUCGACGGUGAAUGGAGCAGUAGCGGAAACUGCGGAAUAUUACGAAGGAGAAGGAGAUAACGUUUCAGUUCCUGAGAAAAUUAGGCAAUGUAUCGAUUUCAUCCGGACGAUUUUACCAGGUGGAAGCUGGUGGAGUUUCUCCGAUGAGGUUGAUGGUAGGUUCAUUGCGAAGCCUGUGACUGUUUGGCGUGCGUUAACUCGGAUGUGGGAACUUGUGGCUGAGGAUCGUUGGGUUAUCUUCGCUGCGUUUUCCACUCUUAUAGUAGCCGCGCUUUCAGAGAUAACUAUUCCGCAUUUUUUAACUGCUUCGAUCUUCUCGGCACAAAGUGGUGAUAUCGCUGUGUUUCGUCGAAAUGUCAAGCUCUUGGUUACGUUAUGUGUUACUUCAGGCAUUUGCAGUGGCAUACGAGGAUGCUUCUUUGGGAUUGCUAACAUGAUACUUGUGAAACGAAUGAGGGAAACACUAUACUCCACUCUUCUCUUCCAGGAUAUAUCAUUUUUCGACUCUCAAACUGUUGGUGACUUAACAAGCAGACUUGGAUCAGACUGUCAACAAGUCUCGAGGGUCAUCGGAAAUGAUCUGAACAUGAUAUUCCGCAAUGUUCUUCAGGGUACAGGGGCAUUGAUUUAUUUGCUAAUUUUGUCUUGGCCACUUGGGCUGUGCACGUUGGUGAUAUGCUGUAUUUUGGCAGCGGUUAUGUUCGUUUAUGGGAUGUACCAAAAGAAGACAGCAAAGCUAAUUCAGGAGAUCACAGCUUCUGCAAAUGAAGUCGCUCAAGAGACAUACUCUUUGAUGAGAACCGUUCGCGUAUAUGGGACAGAGAAGCAAGAGUUUAAAAGGUAUAAUCACUGGCUUCAGAGAUUAGCGGAUAUAAGUUUGAGACAGAGUGCUGCAUACGGUAUUUGGAACUGGAGCUUCAACACUCUAUACCAUGCAACUCAGAUUAUUGCUGUCCUGAUUGGAGGAUUGUCUAUCUUAGCUGGUCAAAUAACAGCAGAGCAGCUGACAAAGUUUCUGUUGUAUAGUGAGUGGUUAAUCUAUGCUACAUGGUGGGUGGGAGAUAAUUUAUCAUCUUUGAUGCAAUCAGUUGGAGCGAGUGAAAAGGUCUUCCAAAUGAUGGAUCUCAAGCCAAGUGAUCAAUUCAUAUCAAAAGGAACGAGACUGCAGAGACUGACAGGACAUAUUGAGUUUGUAGAUGUGUCGUUCAGCUACCCUUCAAGAGAGGAGGUGGCAGUGGUUCAAAACGUAAGCAUGUCCGUGCAUCCUGGUGAAGUGGUAGCAAUCGUUGGUCUAAGUGGCAGUGGCAAAAGUACACUGGUUAAUCUUUUGCUGCAACUGUACGAACCAACAAGUGGUCAGAUUUUACUAGAUGGGGUUCCUUUGAAAGAGUUGGAUGUCAAGUGGCUAAGGCAAAGAAUCGGAUACGUGGGGCAGGAACCAAAGCUCUUCCGCACGGACAUCAGUUCCAACAUCAAGUACGGAUGUGAUCGUAAUAUAUCGCAAGAAGAUAUAAUAUCGGCCGCAAAGCAAGCCUAUGCACAUGAAUUUAUCACAGCACUUCCCAAUGGUUACAACACAAUUGUUGAUGAUGAUCUACUCAGUGGAGGGCAGAAACAACGGAUUGCCAUUGCUCGUGCCAUCCUCAGAGAUCCUAGAAUUCUCAUCCUCGAUGAAGCCACAAGUGCACUCGAUGCAGAGAGCGAACACAACGUUAAGGGCGUACUUCGUUCUAUCGGAAACGACUCAGCAACAAAGAGAAGUGUCAUAGUGAUAGCACACAGACUUUCUACGAUUCAGGCUGCGGAUAGAAUAGUGGCUAUGGACAGUGGACGCGUCGUCGAGAUGGGCAAUCACAAAGAACUUUUGAGCAAAGAUGGCUUAUACGCGAGAUUGUCGAAGAGACAAGCCGAUGCUGUCGUAUGAUUGAUCCUGCACAUGCUAAACUAUUCAUGAAUAGUCAUGAUUAUGUUUUUGAAUGGUCAUGACGAAAGACGAAUACUGUAAUGAUGGAGAAAUUGUGUAAAGGUGUAACCAUAGAAAAUUCUUAUUUAACACAAAUCGUGUCGUUUCCUUACAAUUAA